AUGUUUGGUAGUGGUGGUGGUGGUGGUAGUAGUAGUCAACUCUACGACUAUAGUGAAGAAGAAGAAGAUCUCGGUAAAGUGUAUGAUCGGGUGUUGAUGACACGACUACUCGCUUACCUGAAACCGUAUCGGCUUGAAGUUGUGCUCAUCGUGUUUUUGAUGAUUGGCUACACUGCAACUGAAAUGUGGUUACCUUAUCUGACAAAGCUUGGAAUUGAUAACCAUAUUCAGCCGGGAAAUCUGCAGGGACUGGAAAUGAUUGCGAUCUAUUAUGUCCUCGUUCUCGUGGCGAGAUUCAUAUUUACCUAUUUUGAAGAAUACCGAAUGCAGAUGGUCGGGCAGAAAGCAAUGUAUGACAUACGCAUGUCGCUCUUUUCACAUCUGCAGCGGUUGGAUGUCCGUUUCUUUGACAACAAUCCUGUGGGCAGACUGAUGACCCGCGUCAUGGGCGAUGUGGAGGUGUUGAGGGAGCUAUUCACCUCUGGAGUCAUUACGGUCUUUGGGAACCUACUCACCAUCUUCGGCUACAUGGCAGUGAUGCUACUCCUUAAUUGGAAGUUGGCGUUAGUAACCUUUGCUGUGUUGCCGGCCAUCUUUGCAGCGACGACCGUUUAUCAGGUCUACUCCCGCCGCGCUUUCCGUGAUCAGCGCAAGUAUCUCGCUCAAAUCAACGCGUUCUUGAACGAAAAUAUCGUCGGCAUGACAACGAUGCAGCUGUUCGCGCGGGAGCCGCGCAGCUGGCUACAGUUCGAUGAGAGGAAUAAGCAAUACCUCGGCGCAAACCUGCGUAGCAUCUUCUACUUCUCGCUCUUCUCCCCGAUGAUCGAGGUUAGUGGCUCGCUCGCGCUGGCGGUCAUCAUCUGGUAUGGCGGCGGGCAGGUUCUGCAAGAUGCGAUGACUUUCGGCGUAUUGUUCGCUUUCAUUCAAUACAGCCAGCGAUUGUUCUGGCCCAUCCGUGACCUCAGCGAGAAAUACACAAUCUUCCAAAACGCCAUGGCAUCGUCUGAGCGGAUCUUUGAUCUGAUGGACACGGAACCGACAAUUGUGAGCCCGACGCCAGCCAAAGCAUUGGAGGCGUUAAACGGCGAAAUUGAGUUCCGCAAUGUCUGGCUCGCUUAUAACGCAGAGAAUUAUGUCCUGCGCGAUGUCUCCUUCAAGAUUAAAGCGGGCGAAAAGGUCGCAAUUGUGGGCCACACAGGGUCAGGCAAAACAUCGAUUAUCAACCUGCUGUGCCGAUUUUAUGAAGUGAGUAAGGGACAGAUUCUGAUUGAUGGCAUAGAUCUUCGGGAAAUGGAAUUGCAAGAUCUCCGCCAUGCCAUCAACAUUGUGCAGCAGAAUAUCUUCCUGUUUUCUGGGACAGUCGAGAAGAAUAUCCAUCUGGACAACCCGGAGAUUUCAAAGGAGGAUGCGAUUGCCGCCGCAAAAGAGGUCCAUCUGGAUAGGUACGUGCAGAAAAUGCCGAAUGGUUACGCAACUGAAAUCAAAGAGGGUGGGGCAGGACUAUCGGUUGGACAAAAGCAGCUCGUCGCCUUUGCACGCGCGCUGGCUUCCGAUCCCGAUAUCCUGAUCCUUGAUGAGGCAACUUCCAGUGUAGACACCGAAACCGAACUCCUCAUUCAGGACGCCCUGAGCCGCCUGAUGGCAAAUCGGACAUCAAUCGCGAUUGCACACCGGCUUUCGACGAUUCAGAAUGCAGAUAAGAUCAUUGUUAUGCAGCGCGGCGAGAUUCGGGAGAUGGGGACGCACAACGAACUGCUACAGCAACGAGGAAUCUACUAUCGACUGUAUCAGCUUCAGUAUAAAGGGCAAGAGGUAGGAUAG